GUGAUGAUAUUUGAAGGGUAUGAUGAAAAUACUGUAAGUUCAAAUCAAUCAUUUCUCUUCUCAAUCAAAGGUGGGAACCAUGUUUUGAAUAAGGUAAAUGCGAAACCUCUUUAAAUUCCAGGAGGCUUUUGGCAUACAUAAUGCUUAGUUUAUAAACAAGAAUUAUUUGUUGUAUGUAAUUAAGAAAACAAGGAGGGUGAAACAAUAGAAACAAAUACAAUAUAACGAUUUAAGGAUAGAUGGACAAUAUGCUGA